AUGGCGGGCUCCGGCGCCCCCUGCGGCCCCGCCGCCCGCUGGAAGCGCCACAUCGUGCGGCAGCUGCGGCAGCGGGACCGCAUGCAAAAGGCACUUUUCCUGGAGCUGGUGCCGGCCUAUAACCGUCUCUUAGAGAAGGCUGAGCUGCUAGCUAAGUUCUCAGAAGAGCUGAAGUUGGAGCCAAACAGCGUCACCCCAGUCACUUACCACGGCUCCUGGGAGGAGCACUCAGGGCCUGCCUCUGAGCAAGUGGCAUCACCGGCCUCUCUGCGGGCGAAGUGGCAGCAGCAGGAGGAGGGACUACAGUUGGUGUGCGGUGAGAUGGCCUACCAGGUGGUGGAGAAGAGCGCAGCCCUGGGCACCCUGCAGGCGCAGCUGGAGGAGCGGCAAGACAGGCUGGCGGCUCUGGAGGCCCGCGUGGCGGAGCUGCGGGAGGCGCGGGCCCGGCAGGCCCGGCUGCUGGAGGAGCGGCGGGCCCGGAACGCCGCGCGGCGGGAAGCCUACGAGGCGCUGCGCGCGCGCGCCGCACGCCAGGAGGCGGCACUGCGCAGGCUCCAAGAAGAGGCGCGCGACCUGCUGGAGCGGCUCGUGCGGCGGAAGGCGUGCGCCGCGGCCGAGCGCAACCUGCGCAACGAGCGCCGGGAGAGGGUCAACCAGGCAUGGGUGUCCAAGGAGCUGAAGCAGGCUGCCCAGCAGAUUGUUAAUAUCAAUGAGAGCCCAGACAUCCUGGAAGAUGGGACCAGAGAGGAGACGGUGACUCUGACCCCUGCAGUUGAGCCGGAUCCCCAGGAGAGUGAGACUUGUGAGAAAUGGAAGAGGUCCUUCAGGUCUGCCUCAGCCACCUCCCUGACACUGUCCCGCUGUGUGGAUGUGAUGAAGGGACUGCUGGACUUCAAGAAGAGGAGAGGUCACUCAGUUGGGGGCUCCCCUGAGCAGCGAUACCAAAGCAUCCCUGUGUGUGUGGUCGCCCGACUUCCUACAGGAGUUCUGGAUGCCCUGGAGGCCCACCUGUCUGAGGUCAACGCUGUGUGUUUUGGCCCCAACAGUAGCCUUCUGGCCACUGGUGGGGCUGACCAGCUUAUUCACCUCUGGAACGUUGUGGGAGGUCGCCUGGAGGGCAAUCAGACUCUGGAGGGAGCUGGUGGCAGCAUCUCCAGUGUGGACUUCGACCCCUCAGGCUCUCAGGUUUUGGCAGCAACUUACAACCAGGCCGCCCAUCUCUGGAAAGUUGGGGAGGCACAGUCCAAGGAGACAUUGUCUGGACACAAGGACAAGGUGACAGCUGCCAAAUUCAAGCUAACGAAGCACCAAGCAGUGACUGGAAGCCGAGACCGGACAGUGAAGGAAUGGGACCUCGACCGAGCCUACUGUUCCAGGACCAUCAAUGUCCUUUCCUACUGUAAUGAUGUGGUAUGUGGUGACCACAUCAUCAUCAGCGGCCACAAUGACCAGAAGAUCCGGUUCUGGGACAGCAGGGGCCCCCAGUGUACCCAGGUCAUCCCUGUGCAGGGCCGGGUCACCUCCCUGAGCCUGAGCCCCGACCAGCUGCACCUGCUCAGCUGUUCCCGCGAUGAUACGUUGAAGGUCAUUGACCUGCGAGUCAGCAACAUCCGCCAGGUGUUCAGGGCAGAUGGCUUCAGGUGUGGUUCUGAUUGGACCAAAGCCUCGUUCAGUCCUGACAGAAGCUAUGCCCUGGCCGGCUCGUGGGACGGAGCCCUGUACAUCUGGAAUGUAGACACUGGGAAACUGGAGAACAGACUUCCAGGAGCCCACUGUGCUGCUGUCAAUGCUGUGGCCUGGUGCUACUCUGGAAGUCACAUUGUGAGUGUGGACCAAGCCAGGAAGGUGGUGCUCUGGUACUAGGGCCGCGACUCCCCUGCAUGGGCUGAAGAAACUGAAGAACAACCUCCGUCUGCUCAGGACCCCAGGGGCUGGGGUGGGGUGGCCUGCGGAUUUUGUGGAGAAGGCCCGGCAGGACCUGGCCUGUUUUUAAAAUCAAGGUGUGGGUUGGGGAUUACAGAUCUUAAAAAUAACCAAAAAACAAACUUAUUUUCCACAGAGUGGAAAAAACUUAA